GGUCCGGUGUGACCUCUGACCGGAAAUAAUCCAUCUGUUUCCGGUCUGGCUAUUUCAGUUCCAGUCCGAUCUUGAACGUUCUCUGCCCGGUAGGUGGAUUGCGGAGGUAGGUGAAUUAGACCUUAUUUUUCUGCUAUGCGUGCAACGAAGGUGAUUUUCCAUACCCGAAAUCCCUCAGAAAAAAAAUCUACAGAUAAAAAGCAAAGAAUAGGUCCUGCAUUUCUAUCCCCCAUCAGCAGCCGCCCCUUCUCUCUGGAAAAAGUUCUCAUCACUUCCAGUUUGCGAUCAAAAGUUUUCUUAGUUCUGAAUCGAAUCUCAAACCUGUUUAUUGCUUUAAAAAUAUCCCUCAGAGGGGUGUUACACUCGCUAUUUGGAAUUCAAUUGCCGAACAGCAAAAUUCAAGCGACGACUCGUCUUCCUCUCAAUUUCUCAUCCUCUGCUCUUGCCUCACUCGCUAGUCGCCCUCUGGCUUCUCUGCCUCUCCACUCUUCCGAGUUCUGAGAAUCCGACUAUCAGAGUUUCCUGCUUCCGAGUCUCCCGUCUCCUGCUCUCCAGUCUCCGCCAAUUGCCUGUUGUCCUGCUCUCGGCUCUACUGCUCUAGCCUCUAGGCUGUAGCAGCGAUCAUUAAGUGACGAAUUAAGAUUCCACGAAAAUUUAGAGGUGUAGAGUUUUACUAAUGGAGGCAGCCAAUUCAAGGAGUUUACAAUUCCCCUCAUGUAUUAAUACUGCAAAUAGGCUGCCAAGAUCAAUUGGUUCAAUGAAUUUCCCCAAGAGGUAUUCUGAGCAUGAGAGUAGUCCUAUAUCCGUUUCCUGUCAUUUUCAACCCAUAAAAGCUACAAGCCGACACAGACUAGCUUUACUGACAGCUUCAUGCUCUUCUCAGAACACUCAAGCUUCAGUGCUGCAAUCUGAGAGCCCUCUUCCAUCUCUAGAUGAAGCUCAGGUUUUGAAGAGCAAAUCAGGGGAGAUUUUACCAUAUUUGAGUGGUAGAUGUAUAUAUCUUGUCGGAAUGAUGGGCUCUGGCAAAACAACUGUUGGCAGAAUCAUAGCAGAGGCACUCAACUAUACAUUUUUUGACUGUGAUACACUUAUCGAGCAAGCUACUGGUGGAACAAAGGUUUCUGAAAUCUUUAAGAUACACGGUGAAGGCUUCUUUCGAAAUAAUGAGACAGAGGUCUUGCGCAAGCUUUCUUUGAUGCGCCAGAUUGUUGUUUCCACGGGUGGGGGGGCAGUUGUUCGGCCCAUUAACUGGAAAUAUAUGCACAAAGGCAUCACUUUGUGGUUGGAUGUUAAUGUGGAAGCAUUGGCAAGGAGAAUUUCAUCAGUGGGAACUGGUUCACGGCCUUUAUUACACAAUGAAUCUGGAGACAUUUAUGCAAACACUCUGAAACGAUUGUCUACGCUUUUGGCUGAGAGGGGAGAUGCAUAUGCCAACGCCACAGCUAGGGUUUGCCUAGAAAAUAUUGCUGCAAAGAGGGGAUAUGGGGAUAUUUGCAACAUCACUCCUACAGAAAUUGCCAUUGAGGCACUUGAAGAAUUAGAAAACUUCUUGAAGAAAGAAAGUGGAGAAGUGCAGUGAGCUACAAAUUGAAAACUCGUGGAAGACAGGAAGAGUCUAGAAGUGCAUUAGCUCUAUUUUACACCCACACCCACAUUUUGAUCAGUGAUCUUGGACUUGAUGUUUCUUCUGAUUGGGUACGAGAGAGCUUCUAUGCUUUCAUUUUGUCUUUCUUCUGCCUUUUAUUCUCAGCCCAACCAUGACAUGUAGUAUUUAAUAAAGGAGGGGCUUCAAGUCUAAACUUAUGCAGAAUUUUUUAUAUCCCUUGAUCAGUUAGUUGAUGUAUAUUUGUGUAACAAUUUUCUCAUCAAGUUAUAUGUUCAUUUUUAUAAAAGUUUUAGUUUAAAAGAGACUAUGACUUCUAUGAUGCUUAUGUUAAUUAAAUUAAUUCUUGUGGAAUUAAGCUGGGGGUGGAAAACGGUUCAAGGAUAGCAUUGAAAUAUUGUCAUAUUUUUAAUCU